AUGCGGUUGAAUUUGGCUCCAGUCUGCCGGCCGCAGCAAUGGAAACCGCUCCUCACGGGCGGGACGGCCCGUCGAUCAUACGCGUUUCAGUCCGGCAGUCUCAACUUUGAAGUCUUCAACCGUCGCGCAAAAUGGUUGCAGAAGGAGAGGGCAGCCGCCAACGUCGAAGAGGGUCGACAAGCCGACUACCUCAAGGAUGAGGUCGCCAUGCGCGUGUGCGAGCGUCUUUUGGACGUCAAACGCCAAUUCCCCCGCGUCCUCGACCUCGGCGCCAACUCCUGCAACAUCGCCCGCGCCCUCCUGCGCCCGAACCCAGACCCCGAAUCCGAGCCCCCCGUCACCGACCCCCUAGCAACCAAGAUCACCGAGCUCGUCGCCGCCGAAUCCUCGCACUCCCUCCUCCACCGCGACCACGACCACCCCUCUCUCUCCACCGCCCAUGUCCCCGACUUCAAGCUCAGUCGCCACGUCCUCGAGCACGACGAGCUCCUGCCCUUCGAGCCCGAAACCUUCGACAUGGUGCUCAGCAGCAUGUCCAUGCACUGGAUCAACGACCUGCCCGGUGUCCUCUCGCAGAUCAACAGCGUGCUCAAGCCCGACUGCCCGUUCAUCGGCGCCAUGCUCGGCGGCGACACUUUGUACGAGCUGCGCACCUCGCUGCAGCUAGCCGAGCAGGAGCGCAAGGGCGGCAUCUCGCCUCACGUCUCGCCAUUGGCCGACGUGCGUGACGUCGGCGGCCUGCUGCAGCGCACGGGGUUCAAGAUGUUGACGGUGGACGUGGAGGAUAUUGUGGUGGACUACCCGGACAUGUUUGCGCUGAUGCAGGACCUGCAGGCGAUGGGGGAGGGCAACGCGGUGCUGGGGAGGGAGAUGGGACCCAUUGGACGGGAUGUGUUGCUGGCGGGUGAUGCGAUUUAUAGGGCGCUGCAUGGGAACGAGGAUGGGAGCAUUCCGGCCACGUUUAGGAUCAUUCACAUGAUUGGGUGGAAGGAGAGUCCGGAUCAGGCGAAGCCGUUGAGGAGGGGCAGUGGGCAGGCGAGUUUGAAGGAUUUGUUGGAGGGUCAGUGA